AUGUCCGCCAAACGCACGGGCCAAGUACCCAAGCGGGUAUCGUUUUCGCUGCCAAGCCUGAGCCCAUCUCCGCUACCUUCUACGCCAACUCCGCAACGCAUCUUGCCAGAUACUUACACUGGAUUGCAAACUCCGGACACCUCAAGCUCAACCGGAAACGCUCACUUCCAGGCUCCAGACACCGUCUCAACCACUCCAGACCGUCACCUGCAAACUCCGGACACAUCCUCUUCGACUCUAAACGCGCGUCUCCAGACUCCGAACACAGCAACUCCAACUUCAAACUCUGUUUCGCCAACUUCAACCCGUCACUUGCAAACCCCAAACACCUCCUCAUCAACUUCAAAGUCUACCUCAUCCGACUCGACUCGCAAUCCGUCGCGCCAGCCUAGCUCCAAAAACCUUGUCUCCAAGCUCUCGCCAAAUUGGUAUUUCAAUGAGCAAGAUACAGCGCUAAUCCGCGCCGGAUACGAACCUCAGUGGACUCCCAAGCCAACUGACACGACACCUACCUCUACCGAAAAGGGCAAGAAAGGUCCCGCAACCAAACCCGCCAUGGCUGAACCACGUGCACGUAUGGCCCGACACAAGGGCCAAAUGAACUUCCAGAAUGAGCUUCGUCUGCUCCUUCUCGCUUACGGCGACCCCAGCCCACACCCGAGCUUCCCAAACGAACCACUUCCCGAGACCGUCCGCGUGCUGGACGAGAUUGUCACCGACUUCGUGCUUGAACUCAGCCAUGGUGCCGCGCAAGUUGCGCACCAUGCCCGCCGUCAAAAGAUCAAGGUUGAGGAUUUCCGCUUCGCACUACGUCGUGACCCGAACAAGCUCGGCCGUGUCCAGGAGCUGUUGCGCAUGGAACGUGAAUUGAAGGAAGCCCGUAAAGCAUUUGACCAGAAUGAUGACCAGGUUGCCAAGGAAGCUGGAAAGAAGGGUGCUGCCGCUGCGGCGGCGGCGGCUGCAGCUGGUGAGGAUCCUGUGGCCGCUGAAGCUGCUGCUGCUGCUACGGUUACCAAGAAGAGCAAGGGCAAGGGCAAGAGAGGUGCUGCUACCCGCCGUGGAUCUGAUGCUACGGAGGAGUCGGUUCCGAAGAAGCGCAAGACGAUUGGCUGA